GUGCAACACACACGAAAGCAACGAUGUCAUUUGAGAAUCCGACACUGCUAUCAUACUAUCUACAAUUGAACUUAUUUCUAUUGCUCUAACGAGUUGAAUUUCAUUACUACUUUAAUAUUUACCGACAAACAUUGUUCGCGAAACAGAGUACUGAGUUGUGAAAUUAACCCAUCAAAGGCAUAUAGAAAUUACUUGAAAUUCAUAAGCCAGUUUGCUAAUCAAUUUGUGUUGACGGCCCAAAAUAUUAAACAUACAUAUAUUUAUUUCGUUGAGUUCGGAAUAAAAGCCAAAAUUUUUAGUGGUUGGUAGCAGAUGCAACAAACUGUUUAUGACAAACAUUAACACAGCGAUCUCCGCCUUUGGUGUUGCAUUAAAUAAAAAUACAAAACAGGAAAGAAAAUAAUUUAUGUCAACGUCAUUCCUGUGUAAAAGUUUGCUAAAAGGAGAAUAGAAAAAAUGACAUUGGCUACGGCGAGUUUGGAACAGCCGCAGUCACAGUGCGACGGCAAUUUCAUUUUUGGCCAAAAAACUAUGGACGUAGAGGAGCGAAAAUCCUCAAACUUCUGGCUUUUUAAAUUGUUAUUUAAUUGGACCUCCAGUUCCUCAAUAAUGUUACGAGCUGUAGAAAAGAAGAUACUAUCCUUUCUUAAGACGCCAUAUCGUGGUUUCUUUGUAGAUAUUGGACCCGCCAUUGGAGAAGCAGAUAAAAUAUGGACAAUUAGCUUAAACACAGAAUCUAAGGAAGUACCUUUGGUUUUGCUGCAUGGACUAGGUGCAGGUGUUGCUAUGUGGGUAAUGAAUUUAGAUUCCAUCGCCAAAGAUCGUCCUGUGUACGCUAUGGAUGUUUUGGGUUUCGGUCGCAGUUCGCGGCCCAGUUUUUCUAAUGAUGCACUUAUUUGUGAAAAACAGUUUGUUAAGUCAGUUGAAGAGUGGAGACGUGAAAUGAAUAUUAAUAGCAUGGUAUUAUUAGGCCAUUCAAUGGGAGGCUUCAUCGCUUCUAGUUAUGCAUUGUCAUAUCCCGAGAAAGUCCAUCAUUUGAUAUUAGCUGAUCCAUGGGGAUUCCCAGAAAAACCAUCAGAUGCGAAUAACACUCGUCAAAUCCCGUUAUGGGUGCGAGCUUUAGCAUAUGCUCUAACACCCCUCAAUCCGCUUUGGGCAUUACGUGCUGCAGGUCCGCUCGGUCAAUGGGUUGUGGAAAAAACUCGUCCAGAUAUUACACGCAAAUUUGCAGCUGCAGUGGAAGAAGACAAUAACUUAUUGCCACAAUAUAUUCACCAAUGUAAUGCCCAAACACCUUCUGGUGAGUCGGCAUUUCACACUAUGAUGGCUUCGUUUGGAUGGGCGAAAUAUCCUAUGAUACAUCGAAUUAAAAAUGUCAGAGACGACAUUCCCAUAACAUUCAUUUAUGGUUCGCGUUCAUGGAUAGACUCAUCGUCAGGAGAAAAAAUAAAAGCCCAACGUGUCCGUUCAAAAGUCGAUAUAAAAAUUGUAAGUGGUGCGGGACAUCACGUGUAUGCAGAUAAACCGGAAGUUUUUAAUCGUUAUGUUAAUGAGACCUGUGAACUAUAUAGAUUAUAUCGCAAAGAACCGAUUAUACGAGAAACAACCGAAUCAGAUGAUGAAGUGAGCAGCACUAAUUUACAAGCUGAAGCACAAAAGUCGCAACAAUCAGAGCUCCAAAAAGAAGAGAAUUCAGAAGCAGAUAAAAACUUGUCCGACGGCCAACAAACAGAUGAAGUGGCGCCAAACCUUAAACAACAAUAACGUUAUUAUAUUGACUGUGAAUUAUCAUAAACCUAAUACCUGCAAUCAGUUUUAAUUUUUUAGUCGAUAUGUAUUAGUCAAUAUAUAGCACAUAGUAUUAGCGGAAAUAUUACAAUGAAAAUAUUAAAUGUGCUCAUCCCAAAACUGUUAUUGCAGUUCUAUUUUUCAAGUUUUCACAAUUAACUCACCAAUAAUAGUAAAAGUAUUGAAAUGUAAA